UAACACUUGUGUUCUCUCUGGAGGAGAAGAUGAUGAAAUGUCAUUAAAUAGUGAUGAACAUGUUCAAGAACAGUAUGGUCAAAAUGAAACCUCAAAGAAAUGCAGUUCUCUCGGCAAUCCAUUUAAUAAUUGUGUUUUAGAAAAAAUACCUAAAGCCAAAAGUUUAGAUGGUUCUUCAUGUGUUGUAGUGAACUGUUUUGAGCCUGUAAGCAAGCAAGAAACAAUAAAGACCAUUGUUAGUAAACCUGAUUUUACAAACAAUAGCGGUUCCUCUGAACCAUCAUUUUCCCAAAGUGGAGCUUCUGUAUUUCCUAAAGAUUUUUAUUCAGUUACAGAAGUAGGUCAUGAAUCCAUGGAAGAAACAGAGUUCAGAGUUGUAGUGAAGAAGAGACAUAAGAAACGACACUUACCAAAAAAAUCAUUGGAUAGUUUCCGUAGACACAGUCAUGCUGGUGGAACAGUUCAUUGUUAUCAAAAUAAGUCUACACAAAAAACUUCUUGCAACGAGCUCAUGUUACUGAACCUACCUCUCUCGCAUCGUAGUCAGAGAGGAAGGCAGUCAACCAGUAGUGUUCCACCUUCGGAACACUCAUCGGCAGAAAACUCCGACCUUGAUAGUGUCCACUCUCUGCCUGUAUGUAAUUCUGCACCACCUCCAACAUCGAUUCAUCCUCAUACUACACCUUCUUCAUCUUCAUCAACUCCCCAAACUUCCUAUGCAGACAUUACUCGUAUGUCAAUGAUUUCUUCAGGAGUAAAACUGAAGCCUUCUAAUAAUCCAAUGAACAUCAAGUCGAACUUUGGUUUGGAAUUUGGUAUGGAGUGUAAUCUUGUAGAGGGUGAACCUUAUUCAAACACAGAUAGGCAGUCAGAUGUCAUUACAGAGGAAAUGUUAAAGACUUCUUUUACGGGUGACAGUACUAAUAAUAGGAAAAACUUAUCGAAUACCUAUACACACGAACAUGUCCCCAUAAUCAACAAAACAGACCUAAUUGUAGAUAAUCUUAACUUAUUAGAAGCGGAGAGGAACCCUUAUUCCAUUAUUCCUGUCACUGCUACAUUAUCUCUUUCAGUCAACUCUACCAAAAACAGUGAAGUGAUUGUGUCCAGUGAAGUUGAGCACACGGAACAGAACAAUAGUGUUUGUCUCAACAAGAACCUGGAAUCUCAAGAAUUAUCAAAAGUAAAAGAAGAAUUGCUAGAAACUCCUACAGAGCAGCAGACCCAAAAUAGAUUUAAACGUCCACCUGUUAUUAUUAUGGAUAAUUGUAUUCCUGAAGAAUGUGUGUGUGAUUUAACCUUUGGUUUUGAAAUCAAUGAACAGUUGCUCCGUAUGAGCCUCGGGGAGGACUAUGCCAAAGUGAUGACCAGCCUUGGCUCUGAGCUACACAUGUCUCCAGAAAUAUACUCGGCAAUACCUAGUAGUGAUAGUUCCAUCAUUUCAACUUCUCCCACCACUAAUACUGGGUUUUCUGAGAACAUCAAAUCUAGUUACUUUGACAAAUUUGUCACACUUUCAGGCCAUUACAUACAGUGGCGAGAACCCACAGUAAAUAUUGACACCUUUAAUUACAGUCAGAUUGUCCAGUUUUUUGGUUGGAGUUGGGAUAAAGUACUAAAGGAUUAUGAGCAAGGUUCUUCUGAGAACUCCUUCCCAAAUGCAAGCAAGGUGAAAUUCUACACAGAGUUGGCCAGAAGAGGUUUAGAAACAGAAUCAUGCCAUGCAAGCUACUCAAGGGCUAUCUGCACUAGCCAUCCCCAUUUUGAAGUGAUAGAAGGGAGCUAGAUAGUCAAAACCACUAGUUCUUGGGCUAUUCUUUACCAAUGAAUAGUGCCUCCAAAGCUGAAAGGGUGAACAUGUUUGGUGACAGGUUUUGACUCGUAGAUUGCGAAUUGAGCACCCUAACCACCACGUUCUGCAACUUUGAUAAAUUAUUUUGUGGUAUGUUGAAAUUUCAAGUUGCAAUUUAUGAUAUAAAUCCAUGUAAAAAUCAACUAUACAUAAAAAUAUACAGUUUUUUUGGUUUAAACUUUAAGUGUUUUUUAUCGUUAUUUGAAUUUCAAGUACAUUUAAAAACAACUAAAUGAUUCACAAGAUGUGUUUGUAGUUCUAUCUUAUUUGGUUAUGUUUGUUCCUAAUUGAUUAUCAUCACUGGAAAUAUGUAGAAUCGUACAUUAAAUUCAUAAACUCCUUCUCCCAAAAAUAAAAGGUGGGCAAGUCUUAAAUUUUCCUUAGACAUAUAUAUAUAUAUAAGUGUUUAGAAAGUUCAUAAUUAUCUUAAAGCUGGCUACAAAUAAUUUAAUAUUAAAACAUAGAUUCAUUAAGUACAUAAUAUUACAAUUUCAUCAGAAUGAUAAUCCUUUCUUAUUUAGUCAUUGAGCAGUCCUAGAAAUAGAGAUUACGUUCUUUACCUGUAAACAGUCGGUCUAUUUGUGUAAUGUUAAAAACAAUUGCUUACCAAUACAUACAAAUGGCACUUCAGUCACUCGUAUGGGAUCAUUUUUUUUAGCAUGAUGGAAACCAUGGGAUGAAAAAAUUGAGAAAUUUUACAUAUCGUAAAUAUUAACGUAAUGAGAAAAUCUGUUAUAUUUUUAUCUCUCAAUAAUGAAAAAUCAUUUUUACCCCAACAAGCUUGUUGACAUUUUUCACUUUUGAUAGUCAAGUAAUAUAAUAUAUAUACAAUAUAUAAAUGCUUUGAGCAUCCUAUUAUGUCUGUGUGAUAAUGUUACUUUCCAACAUGACAGAUUGACUUUAGUUUAAUAAAUUAUUACUGCUUUUAAAAAAUGCUUAUAGAUGAAAUAAUUACAAAGCAUUCCACCUAGAAUACAAAUUUCUGAACUUCUAUAUGUUAGUCUUUCAUUCUAUGUAUCCUGAGAUUUUGGGGAAGAAGGUGAAGUGACUAAGAUUUAUCAGUCAACACAAAAUUUAAGUGAUAACAUGACAUGAUAGUAGUGACUCAUUAGAUACUAAACACGCAAGACAAACUAGUGUAGCUUAAUUUUUCUAAACACUAUAAAAUUGUAUAUAAUAAAUGUGCUAUUUUGAAUAAAAUAAAAACUAUUAAAAAUUUAUACAUAUUAUAAGUAAUGUAUUAUUUGCAAGAAAGCUAAUUCUACAACACUAUAUACAUGUAAUGAGAUUGUGUGACCAGAAACUAAUUGUAAAAAACUUUAUACAUCUACCAGGUUAACAUCUAAUAUUAAAAAAACAUUAUUCCUGCUGAACUACAUACAAGCAUUAUUACUCAGCUUUAACCAGAAGUACAUGAGACUUUCUAAACAUGUGAUAUGCUUUUAAAUAUCACUUUUCGCCAGGAUACAUAGAUAUAAUUAAGAAUAAGGAAUAUGUGGAAGGAGAUGACUACUCCAAUUUGUGGCUAAUGAUAAUGAAGUUUAUUGCCAUAUUAGGUGAUGUCGGUAUUCUCUUCCCAAGUACACAAUUUGUUUCACUCCUUUUAAGUUUCACCUCUUAAUAAAAAAUAUGCUUAAUAACCUCCUGUACCUCAUCAAUGAAUAAUGAAAUAUGAUUUCAAAAAAAGAAUGAUUAUCACAUUGGUGAAAGUUUAAGAAGGAAAACAUCAGAAAUUUUGUUAAUUCCUUCCCCAAUCAAAUGGAAAAGUGAUCAGUGAAAGAUAGCUAUGUAAAUAAGCAAAACAUGAGUACAGAAGUAACAACUGAUGAUGAAAUUAACAAGGAACCACACAAGAAUAAUUGUAAUGAGCUAUGAAUCAUCCUUAAUGUCCUUUCUUUAAUUUUUUUUUUUUUUACAGUGAGGAAAAAAUCAUCAUGGACACAAAUUUACGUCACAAAAUAAGCAUACAUAAAUAGUUGUUGAGCUGACAGGUUUAUUUUUCUUUUUUUUUCACUACCCCCCCAAAAAAAGUUUGAUAAAUACUCUUGCAGAAACAAAUACAUAUGGAAACUUGGCUGUUUAAAUAUGGUCAUUUGCAUUUUGAAGUAACAAGAAGGAAGCUUCACUGUCAAUUUCGUUAUUUAACUACCGGUGAUUUUAGGGUUGAUAAAACAAUUUGUCGAAUGACUUAUAAAAAAGAACAGAAUACAGAUCAAACAUGCAUUCAUAAUUUCAAGUGAACUUUCAUACAAAUAUAUACAUAUCACACAAGCGAAAAUAAUUAUUAAGUAGUAUAAACAGAGAAGUUACUAGACAAAAUUUUUGAAAUUCUACAUACUAAGGAUCAACACUUCUAUCUUAAUCACUUAUCACAGAAUCUUUGUAAUUUUGUAAAAUAUUACUUUAAGUGCCAUUUACCAGCUAAGUUCAAUUAAUCUUUUCCAAACUUAUUAAACAAGCAAUAGAUCCAAUGAAAAUUAAAGCUUUGAUUUUUUUUCAACAAAUGUAACAUCAUAAAUUAAACUGAAAGGUUAUAUUUACUACAAUGAUAUAAGUACCACUCUCUCACUAGAUUUCAUGCUACUUCACCAAAUUGUUUUCAUUUGGACCUACUGUAUUAGUCUUCAUACAUUAUUUUUUCCUUGUGUUUGUGUUCUCAUUAUGUAUAUAUAGGUUUGUAAACUUUGAAAUUCUAUGUAUAAUGUAUUGGAGAAAAAGUACUAAUCCAUUUGUGGCAAUGAUUCCAAAGUUUCCAUUAUAAACUUUACCAAAAAUUGUAAUGACUGGUUUUAUGAGAUACGAGUUGGAUUAAGUCCUUUUUUUUUUGUUCUUACUGAUUAUGGUUUGGAUUUCAAAAUAUCUAAAAGUAGAAAACUUUAAGUUUAAAUUUUAAAAAUGUUAUUAUUUUGGAACUUUUUUUUAAUGCACUUACAGAAUCAAUUAAGUUCUGAAUAUUACAUCCUUUUAUUACAAAACCCCUUAAAUCACAGAUUUUUUUUAGAACUAUUAUUUUUUGGAUUUGACAAGAUAAUUUACAGUUUAGGUAUACUUACCUAUGGUUGUUUUGGUUCUAUAGCAUGUUUUCUUCCCACGAUAUAUAUAUAUGUAACUUUUAAAUCAAACCAUUUUUGUUCAUAAAAUAGCCUGAAAAUGUUCAAGUUCAUUAACACAGAACUCGUUAAAAAUUUGCUAAUGCUGAUUACAAAGCACCCAUAAAAAAUAAAUAGGAUAUUUACAUUACGGUUCUGAACAUUCAUAGUGAUAAAAUCUUAAUUACACCUUCUAACAAAAUAUUUUAGAAACAAAACAAUCUUUAUAAACAUAACCAUUUUUACUUAAAGAACUCACCGACACUUUCUAAACUGACUGGUAACAAGAAAACGGUAAAUAAAAACAAAUAAACAACUGAUUUUGCAGUGAACAGCCAAGGGUCUAAAUGCUAAUGAUGACAAAUUAAAGUCAAUGCAAGAAAAAAUAAAAUAUUUAAAAUGUUCAAUACAUUAAAGUUACAUAAAAAAUAUUAAAUGUGCAAAAACACAUUAAUGAAAAUUGACUAAAAACAGCAGGAAGACUUGGUAACACAAAAUGUCUAUUUGCAUGUUUUUGCUACAAGAAGAGCCCAUUUCUGUGCAAUAGCAGAAUUGCAAUCCCAAGGCGUAUCAUAUGUAAUAUUUCUACCAACUUGUGCUCAACAAAAGUUUUCUUCCUGUAUAGUUCAUGAUCCUAAGGAUUUUUUCAUUAGUUUUGUUUUUAUUAUUUUAAAAUAUGGCUGAAGAGUGAUUACAGAUCAGUUAAUAAAAUACCAAUUUUCAUACAUAUACUUUUAACUCCUUUUUUUUAAAUUAUUUUAUGCUAAUUAUAAUGCCAGCCAUUCAUAAACUUCUAUCUUCAUUUGAUAAUGUAAUUGACAUUUCUUUUUGUAGAAUUAAAAAAUAUUUACAAUGCAUGAAAUUAAGAACUUUAUGGCUUACUUGUAUUGCUGACUUGAUACAAAAAGAUAAAUAUUUGUACAAACUUGGGCUUCAAAAAAAUAUGGAUGUGAACCGAUUUAAAGAUAACUAUCACCAACUUUUUCUCUGCAAGUCACUUAUUAUUCAAUGCCAUAUGCAAAACUCUAGAGAGGGCUUAUAACAAUUACACGAAAAAUUAAACAAUGAAAAUGCUGAUGCUGGAAAGAUUUGCUUGGUUAAACAGACCCUACACACAAUUUUCAUCAUUUUCUCCAAUUUAAACUAUUAACUAAAAGAACAACAUAAAAAGUAUAUUUUUCACACAAUUUAGAUUCAUUAGAUUUAUAUUCCAGAAAUUAUACUACAUUGAUAAUGUACACCUUAUUUGACUUUUCUAGAGGCAAGGAUUGACUGGCUAAGGAAAACCCUGAAGUCCAACAAGUGAAAGUGAUUGAGGGUGAAGAGGAUUAUAAAAAAAAUACAAGUGUUCAAGUUAAAACUGAAGUGGAAUUAUAUAAUAUUACAUUUUCUUUUACAUAUGUUACCAGUAACCUACACAAAAUUUUCAUAAAAUGACUUAAUUAUAAUAACAAAUGAUUCAGAAUUUAAGGUGUUUUGGCUGUCUAGAGGGAAACAUCUAACUCUAACAAUGUCAGGAAAUGGCUUGUAGGGCAUUCUCCCCCUAGCCAGUCUGCCACUACCUAAAAGUAUAGAAAAACAAACAUACAAAGUAUUUGAAUAUUUUAACUCUGGACAAAAAAUACACCUUCAAAACAUGAGAAAAAAUUCAUAUCUAUCAUAUCACACAAGCAAAACACCAAAGAACUUACAUUAGUUGUAAUACUAGGGGAGUUUUUGAGUGCAUUUAAAACCAAACUCAAUUUAAUAAGUUUCUGAAAUGAAAUCAUUUUCAUAGUAAAUUUGCAGGGAUACAAUUAGAGUACACAAUUAUCUCUGUUUUUCUUCUUCAUUUUUUUAAAAUUUAAGUUAUUUCUUUCAUCGAGUAAUUUGCUCUAACACUUUUCUACAAUGAGAUUUCAGUUUUAAGCUUUACUUCUGCAGUCUUGUGAUACUUCAGAGUGUAUUAUCAACGAAAAACUUGUUAAUGUGCAUUUUUAUAGAGAAAGUUGCUCUGAUACUUUCUUACUAAUGUGACUCGCAAUUUUUAAGCUUUGCUUCAGCAAUCUUUUUAUAUAUUAAAGUGUAUUGUUAAUGAGCAAACUUGUUAAUGGACAGCUCAGUAUAGGUUAUUAUCCCUACCAGAUUCUUAAAUGUGUGCUGUAACACAAAAGGUGAAAUAGGUUAAUCUAUAAUUACACAUACUGUCAUUAUUUAUGUGUAUAGACUAGAUGUAGCAUGCAAGCCAUUGUGUAAGUUUAUAUAUGGUGUUAUAUGCAUUAUGCUUGCUGCUACCAUUGAUAAACAGUUCAGGCAAUUGUAAGAUAUUACAAAACAAUGGUCUUCAUAAUCUGAUAUUAAACACUUUAUCACAUUAACUUUCACAAUGAGUUGAAAUAAGGAGCUCUUUCUACUACGUAAUUGCUCAUUACAACAUAAAUAGCUAUGCAUCACAAUACAAAAAAAAAUCAUUUUCAAUUUGAUAACCUUUCAUUUUUAAAAUGUGAGAAAUAAAACCCUAAUAUCUCAUCACAUUUAAUUGACUUAUGAAUAAUAUGAAAAACUGUAGUUACAGUAUAAUGAUAUCUGGCUCACAGUUUCCCUGGUGAUGUGUUGCAAAAAUAUUCCCCUUUCGAUAGCUGUAUUAAGAAAGUAAACAGUUACAAUAAAAUGCUUUAGAAUAAUAAUUUCAAUGGGACGACUAAGUGAAAAUAUACUUUCAAGCCAUUUUAUUUACCAUCAUUUGCUUUUUUAGGUGUUUUUGUGGAUUUAUUUUUCAACUAGUUCAAGAUGUAUCUUGGGGAUGGGGAAUACAGCUUUGGAAACAUUAGAAUAAUGAUAAUUAGGUAAAGAUUUUAUGUAUAUUCUUUUUUACUUAUUUUUUUUUUCAUUUCACUAUUUACUUCUUUGUGAAUUUGAAAUGACACCAAAUUAUGUGAAAAAAAAUUGUAAGAUCAUUUCACAUCAUUGUAGAAGGCAUUACCAUUAACUAAAGUGUUUGAUUCAAUGCAUAAAAAUAUAAAAUUUGUAAACUUAUCUGAAAUAAUGGUGACUAAGUCAUCAAUAUAGCAGCAAAAAAGUAAAAUUACAAAUCAGUUUUACUCCAUUCCUUAAGAAUCACAAGACUAGUCAUUUUUUGGGGUUUUGUGAAUUCUUUAAUCUUUUGUGCAUUAUUAUACAAAUGUCUUAUUCUCCUUUUUGUUUUAUGAAAUUACCCAAAAUUCUUCUUUCAACAUCACAAACAAUUUUUACAGUGGAAUAGGUGCAGGUUUCAAACUGACCUGAGAUUCAAAUAAUUAAUUGAAAUAAAAUUGUAUGUAAAAAAAUUUCUUCACCAUGACAAAUCUAAUUCACAUUUUCAAAUAGCCUAAUUCUAUUUGUUUAAAGCUAUUGGCACCAUGGUUAGCUCUACAACUAGUACAGUGGUAUUUGUGUUAGCAUGAUGAUUUUUUAUGUGCAUGACUAAAUAAAAAUUCACAAUUCUGACUUAACCAAAUUUUCAUUUUCCUAGCCUUUAUAACAAAGCUAAAGUCAAACAUUAACAUAUUUU